AUGGCCAAUUCAUCAUCAUCUGGAGAGGAUUCAACAACCACAAAUUGUGGCUCAACAUCUGAUUCAACAACAGCAUCGUCUCGUCCAUUACGUAGUCUAUUGAAAGUAUCUGGACGAAAACCAAAAUUGAAAAAUGAAAAGAAAAAAGUUAUCUUUAAUAAUGUGACCGUUUUCUAUUUCAAACGAUCACAAGGAUUUACAUGUGUACCAAGUCAAGGUGGUUCAACACUCGGUAUGGAAACCACACAUAGUUAUCAUCGAAAUUUCACAUUGGAAACACAUGCCGAAGAAAGAAAACGUGUACAUAAAGAAAUUUUACAACGACAAAAACGUUUUGCUAAAAUUAAUAAACAAUCAUCGACAUCAGAAUCUGAAGAUGAAUCCUAUGAUGAAUUGAGUGAUUUAAGUGAUAUUGAUCUCGAAAAUGAUAGUUGCUAUUUUCUACAGCCGGUCCCAAUCAAACAACGUCGUGCUCUAUUACGUGCAUCGGGUGUACGUAAAAUUGAAACAACCGAAAAAGAAGAAUGUCGUGAUAUACGAAUUUCAAGAGAAUUUUGUGGCUGCGAUUGUCGUGUAUAUUGUAAUCCUGAUGUUUGUUCUUGUCAUCAAGCCGGUAUUCAAUGCCAAGUAGAUCGAAUGUCAUUCCCAUGUGGAUGUACCCGAGAAGGUUGUGGUAAUUCAAAUGGGCGUAUUGAAUUUAAUCCACUUCGUGUGCGUAAACAUUUUAUCGAAACAAUCAUGAAAGUAGAUACGGUCAAUAAAAAUCAGAAUGCUUCCGAAUUGAAUUACGCUCAACAUCAUGCACAAGCAACAAUGAAAGAGGCAAACAAUAGUGGAUAUCAUAUGAAUCAUCAUAUGGUUCAUGCUCAAUCAUACGAUCAAACCUCUAAUGGUGGAUUGGUUAUCGAUUCACCUGAUGAUAAUUCAUCACAAUUCAAUACAACUGAUUGUAUGCAACUAUAUCCACAUCAUCAAUCUCAACAACCUCUUCCAAAUGAUGAUGAAUCAUAUAGUCCCGAUAAUUCUUCUUCAUAUUCUGAGAAUUCUGAUUAUACAAGCGAUGAUUUUGAUGAUGAAUAUCAACAAAAUAAUGAUCAACAACACCAAACACAACAAGAUCAAUCAGGACAGCAGCAACAGCUUUAUGGUAAUUACAUCUCAACGACCGGACAACAACAACAGCCAUCCACAGAAUCUUCAACGACAUCAAAUUGUUCAACAACAAUUUCAUUGCCACCAUUUCCAUCGAUUCAUUGUGAUGCCCAGCAACAAUAUCAUCAUGUAAACCACCAUCAUUAUCAUCAGCAUCAUGGUAAUACUGAUUAUAGCCACCAUCAUCAUCAUCAGCAAUCAUAUCCGGUCCAUACACAUGGCUAUACGAAUAAUGGUUUAUAUCAUCAUUCAUCGUAUGAUAUGCAUAAUCAACAUCAGCAACAGCAUCAUCAUCAUACCGCUACAACCCACGCAAAUGACAUUAAUCAACUUGAUCAUGGCAAUAAUCAUCAACAACAAAAGUAUAUCGACCUAAGCAUAUCGGUUGGCGGCCCAUCAUCAUCGGCCACUGAAUCAAUGCUUGCCGCAGCAGCUGCAGCUGCACAUCAAUCGUCAUAUUCAACUACGACAUCAUCGAGCGUGGCUACACAAUCAUAUCAUCCAUCUAAUGAUAAUGAUGAUACUAUGGCUGCUGUUGGUGGCGAUGAAGAUGUAAAUGAUGUAUCAACAUGUCAACAGCUUCAAGAUAAUAAUACUAUUUAUUAUGAACAAACGAAUAACGAAUUCGAGGAUUCACAAAUGACGAUCAAUAAUUUGGACGCUACAAAUGAAUCAUCUUCAUCUUCAUCGUCAUCAUCAUCGGAUAUCGGUCUGUUAGAUACAGCCAAUCUAGUAACUGCUGCUGCUGUUGGUGGUGGAGGUUCCAAUGAAAAUUUUGUUGAAAUAAUUAAGAAAAGUAUGGUCGAAUCGGUCACUGCAUAA